AUGUUUAGUCAAUCAGUUCGUUCUGUUUCAAAAUCAGUUGUUAACAACAGUAGAAGAUCAUUCGUUUCCAACAGCAAGAAAUUCAAUUCAAAGAACCAACAACAACAAAAGAAAAAUAUGUUUGGUAAAGGUGUUGCUGCAGCUGUUUCACUCGCUGCCUUGUUUGGUGGAUCAAUGCUAGCUGAAGACGAUCAAAAGACAAAGCAAAUCAUUCUCCAAAAGCAAAAGGAUAACUUUAACAAGUUUGCCACUGCCUCAAUUGAAGGUGAAAGAUAUAUGACAGCAGAUGAUUUCUUGAAUGCUUUGACUACACCAGAGACUGAGGGUAGAGGAGAUCAACUCCUAAAGGCAACUCUCGACGCCGAUAAAUUCAAGAUUCUCUUCCAGAUGGCAGAUGUCGAUCACACUGGUUACAUCAGUUUCAACGAGUACGCAAUGUUUGACGAAUUGAUGUCAAAGCCAGAAGCUGAAUACUUUUUGGCUUUCAAAUUGUUUGAUCGUGAUGGAAAUGGAACUGUCUCCAAGAAUGAUUUCCAAAACGUUGUAUCUGCAAGUUUAGAUCCAACAAUCCCAUUCGACUUUAACUGUGAAUUGGUGAAAUUAUAUUUUGGAGAUGGAGCAUCCGAAUUAAAUUACAGUCAAUUCACUCAACUUUUAAAGGAUUUCCAACAAGAACGUGUCAAACAAGAAUUUAGACAUCACGAUUCAAAGAAAACUGGAUAUAUUCCAAAAGAACAAUUUGCAAAGAUUUUAAGUUCAGUCAAACUCAGAAGAAUUCCAGAGAAUAUUCGUAGUAAAUUAGAGUCGGUCUCUGAAUUGAAUGCUGCUUCUGGUCACCCAGAGGAAGUCAGUUACUCACAGUUUGUUGCAUGCAACGAUUUGUUGUUGCACAUUCCAUCGUACGGUAGAGUUUUGAAGGCUGCUGCUCUCAGAAACAGCAAGAGCGACAUCAACAAGGAAGAGUUCCUCCAGGAAGCCAGAAAGACAACCUCGAUUGAAAUCACACCGAUGGAGGUGGAGUUGAUCUACCACUUGCUCGACUACAACAAGGACGGCAAGUUGAAUGUGGAGGAGUUUGAGAAAGCCACCGGAUUGUCGACCACACCCGCAACCAUAGUGCCAAUCUUGAGAGCAGCCGAUGCCUCUGCCAAGAGCACCAUGGGUAAGGGAUUCGUCAAGCAGGUUUGGGAGUCGAUCGAGAACUUUGCACUCGGUUCGGUGGCCGGUGCCAUCGGAGCGACCGCCGUCUAUCCAAUCGAUUUGGUCAAGACCAGAAUGCAAAAUCAACGUGCUGUCGACCCAUCGCAACGUAUCUACAACAACAGUUGGGAUUGCUUCAGAAAGGUGCUGAAAAACGAAGGAUUCGUUGGAUUAUAUAGAGGACUUGGUCCACAGUUGGUCGGUGUCGCUCCCGAGAAAGCCAUCAAGUUGACAGUGAACGAUUUGCUCCGUAACCUCUUUGGUGACAAAUCAAAGGGUGAAAUCUACUUGCCAUUGGAGAUCUUGGCCGGUGCCGGUGCUGGUGCCUCACAGGUCAUGUUCACCAACCCACUCGAGAUCGUAAAGAUUCGUCUCCAGGUACAAGGUAAGGGUGGUGCCACUGCCAUGCAGAUUGUGCGUGAACUCGGAUUCUCCGGUCUCUACAAGGGUGCCGGUGCCUGUUUGCUCCGUGACAUUCCAUUCUCCGCCAUCUACUUCCCAGCGUACGCCAAGAUGAAGACUCUUCUCGCCGACAAAGACGGUAACAUCGCACCAAAGGAUCUCUUUAUCUCUGGUAUGGUUGCUGGUAUUCCAGCUGCAUCGUUGGUUACACCUGCAGACGUCAUCAAGACACGUCUCCAGGUAAAGGCAAAGAGUGGUGAACAAACCUACGAUGGUAUUCGUGACUGCGCUCAAAAGAUCUGGCGUGAAGAAGGUUUCCGUGCAUUCUUUAAGGGUUGUGUUGCCCGUGUAUUCAGAUCGUCACCACAGUUCGGUGUCACUUUGCUCUCCUACGAAAUGUUGCAAAAGCACUUGUUGCCACACGCCCCACCAAAGCCACCAACCUCUGCUCCAAUUUCCGAAAGAGAUUGGAACACCCUACGUAGAGCUUCGACUCCAGUAGAGAAAGUACAAGAAAUGGAAAACAAGUUUGGUACUUUCCAUCAAAAUAAACAAUAA